AUGGGAAAUAGAUCGAUUGAACGGGUCCUCGACGGGUCUGACCUUUUGACAGACGCGUCGACCGCGUCGACGAACUUGUCCGCCCGCAAACAAUUCAUGCAGCCCAGCCUCGACCAGGCCCCGACAGCCGACAUCGUGUUCUCGACUAUCGACAAGCUCCGAGAAUUCAUCGACAAGUGCCAUCCCACGGUCGACGCCGUCGUCGUCGCCAAUGUCACGAGGUCCGCCUUUCGAGAAAUAUCCAAGCUACGAGAUAGGACCGGCCACAGAUGGCGUCUCCUCUACCUGAACACAUGUCAUCUAUCCAUUGUCACACUGCCGACGUACUCCCACGAACAACUCCAUGUGUACCUCAACGAGUGCCUGAAAGACGGUCUCGCAGAUAUGGGUCAAGGGAAGGAGGAGUGGACCAUGACUAGCUCAUCCAGAUACCCCCCCGACGGUAACGGCUCCAGUGGGGAGGGGGACUCGGGCGGCAAGCCAUUUCAUAAGCGACUUGGACACGACCAAUGGCCAACGAUUGUUUUUGAGGCUGGGUUUACCCAGUCUCUCAUGAGCCUGCGUACCAAGAUAAGAUUUUGGUUUUCACGUUCCAACCACCAAGUGAAGAUUGUCGUCAUUGUUAAAGCCUACCCCGGUGACAGUGCCCAAAAGAAAAUCCUUGUUGAACAAUGGCUCGAGCAGUUGAUUUCGGGAUCGUCAGCACGCCGCGGUGCAACGACAACACGCAUGUUGUCCGCCGCUACCACAUUGCAGCCGGUUUGUAUUCAGACAAUCAACGUUAUGUGGUCUCUGCCAGGCGUGCCCUUUGAGCAAGCCACAAUGUCUCAGAAGACCGAUAGAGACUCAUACAGCGUAGCUAGGGGACCGUUGUCUUUAUCCUUCGAAUCCCUGCUCCUCCGUGAGCCCAACGCAUCUACGGAACAGGACGUCAUAAUUCCGGACCGCGACCUUAAAAACUGCGCUAUAAGAGUCUGGGCGGCAUGA